UCGAGCACUAGUAUCGUUACAUUCGUGCAUAUGUUGAUUAAGCUGGAAGGCGAUAUUGCAGUCGUAGCGCAGCUACAUAUUUCAUUUCUAAUUAAGCAACAAUGUCUUCAGUUGAGUAUCUGAGAGAGUUUGUCAGCGAGCGACUAACUGCUGCUGCUGAAGAAAUAUUUGGAGUUUUUAAGAAAACUAUCAUCGAGUACGAAGAAGUGAUUGAUCGUCAGCGCAGACUGCUGGAUACCGUUUGGAAACCGGAGUUACACAUGACAGAGCUCCCACAGCAACAUGUCUGUACCGAGGAGGUUCUCGCAGACCAGCAGCUCUGUAUUGAGGAGAGGAACUCCAGUCUGGACCAGGAGGACCCAGAGCCUCCACAGAUUAAAGAGGAACAGGAGGAACUCUGCAGCAGUCAGGAGGGAGAGCAGCUCGUACUGAAGCAGGAGACCGAUGCCUUUAUGUGGAUUCCUGCUUAUGAGGAAAGUGACCACAGAGAACAAGAACCAAACAGAGACCACCAGCUCCUCUCUCACAGCUCUCAUGUAGCUGAGAGCCAAGAUCAGGCAAGAGGCAAGAAUGAAGACUCAGGAUCAACUAGAGAUGCAGAGCCAGAAUCGAGUAGUUACCAUCAUAAAAGCAGAAGUCACAAUAUGUACUACCCUAACUUACACUACAUACACCGUAAUACUCAGACAGAUAAACAUUAUUUCCAAUGUGACAUAUGUGGAAAAGUUUUCAAGUAUAAGUCAAGAUUGAAUACACAUGUGACAAUGCAUACAGGUGAGAAGCCAUAUUCUUGCAAAACAUGUGGGAGAGAAUUCAGACUUAAUGGUGACUUAACAGUCCACAUGAGAAGAGCCCAUACUGGUGAGAAGCCGUACUGUUGCAAGACAUGCGGGAAAAGAUUCUGUGAUGCGUCUCAUUUGGCAAGACAUAUAAGACUGCAUACAGACAAGUAACGUCGGAUUUGCAUAAUAUCUUUGAGACCAUUCGGUUUUAGUGGUUAAUUUUCAAUUGUCAGAAUAACAACAAUGAUAUCAAGAUUUUUUGAACUAAACUUGUUUUAACUUCAUGACUAUAAGUUAUGUUUCUGUAGUAACAGUAUUUCUUUUAAACAAUCAGACUCUCUCAAAUCUUUGUUGCACAGUGAGUUCAUAGUUCCUACAAAUGUUUCACCUGUUACAGGUUCAGUGUGUAAGUUUUAGUGGCAUCUAGUGGUGAGGGUUAUGAAUUGCAACCAACGGCUCACUCACCGCCCACCCCUCCCUUUGAAGCGCGUAGAAGAAACUAUGGUGGUCAACACGCUCUGUUGGCUCUGCUAAAUACUACAUUUGAUUUGUCCAAAUGCCACUUCUCUUCUUACUUAUAAAACAGAUUACUGCUACUACUACUA